AUGGCGGCCACCUCUGCCUCUCACGACGCUGCCGGCGUCGGCAUCACGGCAGCAGCGACGGUGGCGGCUGGGUCCCACGUGCUCGAGGUCGAGGGUUACUCCAAAACCAAGGCUGCAUUCCGCGUCGGCGAGUCUAUUGAAUCCGGCGAGUUCCAGGUCGGUGGCCACAGCUGGCUCUUCCGCUUCUACCCAUCCGGUGAGGAUGUGGGCGACGCUGACUGGGUCGUCGUGUUCCUCCGUCUCGAUUGUACUGCUUGUGCUUGCUGGCACCAGGAAAUCAAGGCAUGGUUCAGCUUCGCCCUGCUGUCGGGCCACGAUGGAGAGAGGGCUGAUGAAUCCAUGAUGACACGUCAGCACACCUUCGACCGCUGGAAACACCGGCGGACCGGCGGCGGCAAGUUCGUCGAGACGAAGCUGCUGGAGUCCCCGCGGUACCUGAAAGAUGGUAGCCUCCGGAUCAGGUGCGAUGUCACCGUCGUCAGAGAGUUCCGGCCAGAUCAGGCCACCACCGCCGUCCGGAUUCCCACGGCGCCAUCGCCGGAUCUGAGCCGGGACCUCGGCGGACUGCUCGCCGGCGGCCAGGUGGGAGGGGACGUGACGUUCGAGGUCGGCGGCGAGCUGUUCACCGCGCACAGGUGCGUGCUCGCCGCUCGGUCCUCGGUCCUCGCGGCGGAGCUCUUCGGCGCCCCGAGGAAUGACGGCGGCGGCGCUGCGUCGUCUCGCAUCCGCAUCGAUGACAUGGAGCCGGGAGUGUUCAAGGCGCUGCUCCGCUUCAUCUACACCGACGCCUCGCCGGAGAUGGAGGAAGGCUGCGACAAGGUCGGGAUGGCUCGGAGCCUGCUUGCGGCGGCGGAGAGGUACGACAUGGAGCGGCUCAAGUUGAUCUGCGCGGACAUGCUGUGCAGCUACGUCGACGCGAGCACGGCGGCGACGUCGCUGCAGCUGGCGAAGAAGCACGGCUGCCGCAGGCUCGAGGAAGCGUGCGUGAGGUUCCUCAGGGAUUUGCUCGCCGGCGUUGAUCCAUGA